AUGGGCGGUCUCAUUUCUCGUCUAUUAUUUCAACCUCCAGAACCUGCAAGUUAUACGAAGAGCGACAAGUACAUCUUUCUGGAAUGUGAAGAUAAGAAAGUAGUAGAUGAAAGAGGACAGAAAGUUAAUGUCAAGGUACCACUUGUUUUUUUGGAAUGUAAAGGAUCUGAUCUUUGUUUAUUGUAUAGUCAUGGUAAUGCCACAGAUUUGGGUCAAACAAUGCCCUAUCUGGAAUUACUUAGAAGUUCACUUAAGAUCAACGUUUGUGGAUAUGAAUACCAAGGUUAUGGUAUUUCAGAACCAAAAGUGACUUGCUCUGAGCCUAGAGUUUACGCAAGUAUAGAAGCAGCUGUUAAAUAUUUAAAGAAAGAAAGAGGUUUCUCAGAGGAUAGAAUCAUAGUGUUUGGAACAUCUCUUGGAACGGGACCAAGCACGUAUAUUGCCUCAAAAGAAAAUUCAAACUUUAGAGGAGUUAUUCUGCAAAGUCCAUUCACAUCAGUAGUGCGUAUAAAAGUGAACACAAGCAAGAAGAUUUUCUUUGAUAUGUUCCGAAAUAUAGAUAGGAUAGACAAGGUUAAAUGUCCAGUAUUUAUAAUCCACGGAAAGGUAGAUGAAGUAGUUCCUUUCGAUCAUGGAGAAUCACUUCAACAAAAAGUGAAAUACAAAUAUACACCUCUAUUUAUUGACUAUGCCGGUCACAACAACAUAUUGGAAAUAAUGUCUGUAGAACGUUAUUUGAAACAAAUAUUUAAGUUUAUUGUAUAUUUGAACGAAUUUCGAAAUCGUCCAACAGAAGAGAAUGGUCAAAAUGGAUCUAGUUCACAAUAAUCAAACCCCAUUGUAACAAUAAUAUAAUUAUUUAAUAUAUUCUUUC